AGGUGGGUUGGGGCAGAUUCAUGGUUUUCGAGAUGAUGAUGGGUCGUCUCAAAUUUCAUGUUGCAGUACCAAAAAUAUGAUGUCUUUAAUUUUUUUGCCGCUUUCAUUUAGUCAGUCAGUAACUGUAGACAUGUUUUGCUGUAAAUAAACAGAUUUAGUGUUCAAGAUUUGCUGCGUGUACCUGGUCACGGUGGCUCCGUGGCGCAAUGGAUAGCGCAUUGGACUUCUAGUUAACACUUGAGCAGUGAUUCAAAGGUUGUGGGUUCGAGUCCCACCGGAGUCGCACUUUUGACUUUUUGCCGUGAAGAAGUCCGUUAAAGAAUAAACCAAAAUGCGAUUGUCGUGAAGUCUUUUGCCAUUUUUACAGUGAAUGGAUUCUAAGCACAGAAAAUAGAAAAAUUACGUUAAUUCUUAUUCCAGUGGUUGUUGUCUGUAUGAAUGUUUUAAUGUUAGUUGCAUAUUAUAAGACCAGGUUAGGUUCACAUCACAACACUCUACAAUCAUAUAAUAGAAUUCUUUGGUGGAAUUUGCUGUUUGACCAUCAGAUUACAGAUUUGUUGACCUGAUUUAUCAGUGUCUGUCAUUAUUGGGCCUAUCCACAUGAAACAAAAGCUGGCUUUAAGGUCUUCUCUAUAAGUAUAAAUAAACAAAAGUAAAAUUAUUUUUUUUGCAGGUUUUUGGAGCCAGUCGUAAACAUGUAAUGAUAAAGUUAAACGUUUGUAGAUUGUAAAUUUGGAUACUUCUUCCAAAAGCAGUGAAUCUCCCAUAGAUAUGAGACCCCUGCCCUCCAUUAUGAUAUCAUGAAAUACUAGAACAUGAAUACAGCCUAUUGGACCUAAACAUUUUAAAAAGUAGCAGUAAGGAUAAAGUUAAAUGACAAAGAUAAAGAAUGUAAAUCCAAAAUAACUAGUUAAGCUGUAUACUAAAUUAUUUAAAGCCACACUUUUCUAGAUACUGCAUGCAAAAGUGUCUAUUCAACAAAAAAUGUACGGCUACCGACUUACUAAAGUGGAAUGUUUCAUAUGUAUAUGUCGUAUUUCAGGUAAUUGUAUCUUGUAUCAUCUCUCUUUUAGGGGAUAAGAAUGGAGCAAGAAGUGUUUGUCCAACCACAAGAUGGCAUUGGUUCUGCUUUGUUACCUCCAGGAGGACAGAUUAAAACAAAUUGAAGCCAUGAGACAGUUCCAAAAGGUUUUGCUGAGGAGAGAGGGGCGUCUGGAGAACAGAAGGGAAAAUGCUACAAUAUUUGUUGUCCGUUUUACUGCAUUAUGCAACUUCAAUGGCGGUCCCAGCGCCGUGUGCAGAGGUGGUGUCUCAGCUGGAGGCAGAGGUUUUGGGUUUGAUGGAGAUUGUCAGAGAACAGCACAGAUAUAUCCAAGAGCUCCACCACUCACAGGCCUCACAGCUGCAAAGUAUCCCCAACUCAUUCUUGGGGACUGGGAAUUUAUACAGAGAUUGCUCAGAGAUUUUUUCAGAUGGAAACGUGGCCAGUGGUUUGUACGUGAUUCGACCUGAUGGUGCCCCCUCUGCCUUGACUGUUUACUGCGACAUGAGGGAUGGAGGAGGCUGGACUGUGUUUCAGAGGAGAACAGAUGGAACAGAGAGCUUCGACAAGGCCUGGGUGGAGUAUAAACGGGGAUUUGGAGACCUGUAUUCCACCAGUGGAGAGUUCUGGCUCGGCAACGAUCCUCUGCACUAUCUCACCUCACAGGGAAAAUAUGAACUGCGCAUCAACAUGGAGGACUUUGAGAACAACCAGCGUUUUGCAGAAUACAAGAAUUUUAAAGUGGACGGUGAAAAGGAUGCAUACCAGCUGCAUUUGGGGGAGUACAGUGGAAAUGCAGGAAACUCCUUUGGUCCAUCUGAUGUUAAAUUCAGCACUUUUGAUCAUCCCAAUGUAAUCUCAGAUGAAGACACAGAGUGCAUUGGACAAAGCAGAGCAGGAUGGUGGUUCAGCAGCUUAUCAGUGCAAUCAACACCACCUGCCGUGGAUAAGAGGAGCCCAGACCAGAUGGCCAGAUCGUCCGUGUGUCAACAUCCUUCUCUCUGGACUGUCCCAGCUCCCGCGCUCCCGGCUCUGCUCCUGCUCCCCAGUCCUGGUGUGGCGCAGGUAAUCUGAAUGGCCAUUAUUACAGUGGGCCAUACCAAGCGCAGAGUGAUGACGGGGUGAUCUGGUACACAUGGAGGGGCUGGUGGUAUUCCAUAAAGUCUGUGGUGAUGAUGGUACGAGCCACAGACCUUCAACAAUCAAAUCAACUACAACAACAAAUACAGCAACAACAAGGCUCUGAGCAGGAGCGAGCAAAAGUGCACAGAAGGCUUUGACAGGGUAAAGGAACUGUAUGUGUCCUGCACUGUUUUUACAAUCACAACAAUGUUAGUUACCAAUACUGAAAUCUGCAGAUAGAGGACACAUACAAGUUUUUGUCAUUCUAAGUAUAGGGACACGUCACAAAGCUCAGAUUCUCCAGAAUUCACUCACUGAAUUGAUCAGCUGCAGGUGCUGAGGUUUAGGUAGUGAGGAUUCAGAUCAGAGUGUUAAAAGCCUGGCACCCCAGAUGAGAGACUCCUUCUGCUUUAUGACUGGAUAAUUGUCUUGAGAAUCUAAAUACCAAAUUAUAACAUCAUGUCCAAUGUUUUUUGUAAUGAAGAAUAAAUCAGCAUUACAACUGUUAUUAGCAAAAAUCUAAAUUUGACUUGAACAUGUUUACUUUGUAUGAGGACACAGAUGGGUCAUGUUUAUCAAAUUUAAAAUCUUACCUACUGUUCCUUUAAAGUUGGCUUUAUUUACCUGAUUCUCUUAUAAAUUAACCUACAUGGUGUCCCCUUUUAGGUUUCUAAGAACAAUAACUAAUUACCCAGUCCACUGUGUUUUGAGUGGUGUUUAAUCGUUAAUGCUAUAGUGUUUACCAUCUGAGAACACUACAAAAUUAGGUUUGAAAACAAAAAUUCAGUGAUCCUGAAGCAUAAUUUGCCUUUAUUUAAUGGCACUUUACGUUAGUUUAUGGUUAUUCCAGGAAAAACAGCUUGUAUAUGUAAAAUGCAAUGUACUACAAUGUAAUUUAUUUGCAUUUAUAAUAAAUGGGUUUAUUCUUUGCAUUAAAUCACAUGAAAUAAAUCCCCGUUAUAACCUU